AUGUCUGCUCUAACAACUAUUCUUUUUAUAGUUCUUGCUUCAGCUUCAUUCUUUGGGGCUGUAUCGGCACACCCAUCUUCGGUUGAGAAAAGAGGAAUAUCUCGGACCUCCCCUCCAUCCGGCUGUCUCGUUGUCAGAGGCUCAGGUACCAAAGCAGGGGAAUACGGCACCAUAAGCUCGGCAGUAGCUGUUCUUUCGGCAACAGCAACUAGUUGCAUUUUCAUAUAUCCAGGUAUUUAUGCCGAGUCAAUCUACAUAAAGAAUAGGGGCCCGCUUACUAUAUACGGGUCGACAACCAACUCUGGGAACUGGAAAUCGAAUACGGUGACAAUUACUCAUGGAAUUGGCUCAUACGAUGCUGGGUCUCUAGACGCAAGCUCUGCGAUGAACGUUGUCAGCAAUGAUGUGAACAUAUACAAUGUCAAUUUUGUAAAUACGUAUGGUACAGCCGGUCAAGCAGUUGCAUUGACAGCAAAUGGCGAGAGGCAAGGCUACUAUGGAUGCUCAUUUAAGAGCUACCAGGAUACCUUGUACGCAAAGGCAGGCUACCAGUAUUACUCGAACUGUUAUAUUGAAGGCGCGGUGGACUAUAUAUUCGGUGAUGCUAGCGCAUGGUUCGGCGAAUGUACUAUGGCCUCGAGCGGAGGAGGUUCGAUUACGGCAAGUUCUCGAACUUACGACACAGACACGGCCUGGUAUGUAAUCGAUCAUAGCACGGUCACUGCGGCAUCAGGGGCAAGCGUCACUGGAAUUGUCUUUCUAGGUCGGCCGUGGCGUGUUUUUUCCAGAGUUAUAUAUCAAUUUUCAACACUAACAAACGUCGUCAAUGCUAAAGGAUGGGCACCAAUGACGGAUGGAGCUACCCCAAUUUUUGAGGAGUGGUCAAACACAGGCGCAGGUGCUUCAACAUCAAGCCGUGUUUACUAUACAGCUGCCACUGCGCCUGUUACAAAAGGGCAACUUUGGCCGUUAGGAUACUCAUGGAUUGACACAAGCUUUUAG